GGAGAGAGGGAGGAGAGAGAGAGAGGGAGAUUGCUAUUGAAAAUCCAAUUCCAGAAGAGAGAGAGAGAGAUUGCUGUUGGAAAUCCAAUACCAGAAGAGAGAGAGAGAGAGAGAGAGAGCACCAGGGUCACUUCCAUCAGAUUCCAAUUGCCAACCAUCCGAUCCUUCUUCCCCACACAUGUGCUUCUUCUCGCCAUCGUCAUCAUCGUCGUCGUCUCCAUCAUGGAUUUCUCCAAUCUCCAAUCUCGAAUCUCAACGGCCUACAUCCCUCCCCACAGGACCCAACUCCACCCUCGGAUGCAUUCCUUCUCCUCUCCUCUCUCCAAACCCCUCCCUUCCCAAUCUACUCCUCCCCACCACCUGAAAUGGUGGUACGUCGCGGCUGCCCUCCUAACCCUCGCCUUCCUCCUCUACCUCUUCUCCCUUGCCCGCGGCGUCCACCUCUCCUCCCGCUUCUCUGAUCCCAAGUCCAAGGGCUUCGGCAUCGUCAUCCACGUUGGCCCCACUGCGACCCGCGCUCGUGUUUUUGAGUUCCUCAAUGAGGGCCACAUUGUCCCCUUUGCCAAUGGGCGGGGCCCGGACUUGAUGACGACCCACGUUGGGCUGGCGGAGUUUGCAGCCAAUGUGGAGAAUGCUGGGAAUUCGCUUCGAGGGCUCCUGGGUUUUGCCAGGGAGAAGGUCCCGAAGGUGGAGUGGAAGGAUACGAAGGUGAGGAUGGUGGUGACAGGCGGGCUGCAGCGUGAUGCUACGGAGGUGAUUCUGGAGUUGUGCAGGAAGGUUUUGAGGUCUUCUGGGUUCAUGUUCAAAGAUGAGUGGGUGUCUCUGGUAACAGGUGAAGAGGAAGGUAUUUAUGCUUGGGUAGCUGCAAAUUAUGCUCUUGGAACCUUGGGAGGUGAUCCUCAAGAAACCACAGGGUUAAUAGAACUUGGUGGGGCUUCUGCGCAGAUUACAUUUGCGCCAAGAGAACCACCCCCAAGGGAAUUCUUACGGACGAUCAAAGUAGCUGGGGUUACAUACAAUCUUUACAGCCAAAGCAUGCCACAAUUUGGUCAGGAUGCAACUUGGGAAUUAUUGCAUGAGAAGCACAAUUCUAGAGUCCUCUUAUUAUCAUCGGAUUCUAUUGGGGGCGUUGUAAAUCCUUGCAUUCCGAAAGGGUAUAAUAAAGCUUCAGAUCGAGCUAUUGCAUUGAAGGGAAGUGAUGAUAAACUCCCAGAAUCCCACUCAGCUGGAAACUUUUCUGCAUGUAGGUCCAAAGCGCUCACAUUAUUACAAAAAGGACAAGAAACAUGCUUGCAUCCACCUUGUACAAUAGUCUCCUCUUUCAUGCCCGAGUUGCGAGGCAAGCGUCUUGUUGCAGAGAACUUCUUCUUUACUUCAGAGCUUUUUGGGCUGGUUCCAAAGACAUCUUUAUCAGAGAUAGAGGCUGCUGGACGGCACUAUUGCGAAGAUGAUUGGGCAAAACAGAAAAAUGAACAUCAUGGCAUCGAUGAGGCAGAUUUGUUAAGAUAUUGUUUUUCUUCGGCAUACAUCAUAGCAUUGUUACAUGAUGGUCUUGGAAUUCCCAUGGAUGAUAAGAGGGUUGGGUUUUCGAAUCGGGCAGCAGGUGCCCCACUUGAUUGGACGCUAGGGGCUUUCAUUCUACAAACGGUAGAGCCUGAUACGGAGCCGGAAGACCUGACUUACAUUGUUGGGGAUGACUCGGUGACAUACAUCACGCUGUUUGCGAUUCUCUUCUUAGCAAUUCUUGCAGCAUUCUACAUAACGAGAUGGCGGAAACCACAGUUGAAGACGGUAUAUGACUUGGAGAAAGGGCGUUACAUUGUCACACGUGUGCCCAGGUGAUUUUAUCUCUUUAAUUUUUUCCGAGGACCUGUAAAAUGUAAUUAUAGAGUUCAUAGUAAAACUAGAUUUUUUUUUUUUUUUUUUCGGAGAUGAAAUUCAAAAUAUAAAAAGAAGAGGGAAAAAGGUUUUGAAAAAAAAGAAAGAAAGAUAAGAAAAAAGAAGGAAAUCUCAGUUCAUUGUCUGAGCAUUCAAACCAUGGCCUGCCUCCCAUCGCCCACUGUGUUAAGCCCACCUGACAUUACGCUGUGUGGGGACCCACCUGUGUCAUGGGUUUUUGAGUUGCCUUACAUCUUAACUACCACAUUGUCGGUCCUCUUAACUGUCGCUUGCAAAUUGAAACACUUAAUUCUACUAGUUGGGUGAUAUUAAUUUCACCUUUUGCUG